UGCAGUUUCAAGUCGUGCGUCCAGACAUUCGGAGUUAAUUCGCAGUCAGUUCGCUAACAGCUGAAAGUGACCAAUAAAUAAGUAAAAAAGUAAAUAAGCAAUUCUUGUGGCACACACAAAGAAAAAGCUUUGAAAAGUAUCUGCAAAUAAAUGACAGGUCACAAAUAACAUAUUGUUGACAGCAUUGUUGCUGUUGUGGCACAAAACGGAAAGCGGAAAUUAUUAGCGGAGCUGGCAAAGCUACUCGUAAAUCGUAAUUAAAGCAAGCGCUUGAAAAUAACUGCAAUACAAAAUUUUGUUGUGUAAAAAGUGGACGCCCUUAAAGAAUUUGAAAUGUGUUGCAAGUUUAUUGUGGUGGCAAGUGGUGGUGUGGGCCAGCUAUAAAGCUUAGCGCAAAUGUGUUUCGGGGUGGAAAGGCCAUUCGGUGUGUAGCAUUAGCAGCAGCAGCACCGUCUGCCAGUUAUUUAAAUAAUUGAUUUUUAUUGUAUGUGCGUGUGUUUUGCUUUGUUCAGACGACCGGUGUGAAUAAAAGUAAACAGCAGGCGUCUAUUAAUAUUAUUUAAUAUAGUGACAGCGUAUGUGUGCAAAUAAUUUUUGGAAAUAUUUCUAUUGUGUAGCUACGUCUGCGAGAGGUGACCCAACGGCGGCAGCAGCAGAAAAAGCGGCAACGUGAGUGACGGCGUCGUGCUACAAUCAAGACACUUAAACAAAUUGGAUACGAAAACGCUACACGUGGAAGCACAAUAGAAGCGACAUCCUGCUGCUUGUAAAACGGAUUUUACGAAUUCGGAAAAAGGUUACGGUAAUCAACGAACAAGAGUGGAGCGAAACUUUCGCAAAUUGCUAGAGAAAUGCAGUGAACGUGUAUAAUAUGAAAAGAACACAGUAAGUGUGUGGCAAAAGAGAGUUCCAAAAAGGAGCGUUGCAUGCAAUUUGUUGAGAUUACAGCGACAACAAUGAGCACACAUGCGAUGCGUUAGAAUAUGAAUUUGGAUUACGGUUGCGCAUUUAGAAGCUAUUAAAACUAUUGUACAUAUACACUAACGGCUAAGCGGAAGCGCUGUGCUACACAAAGAGACUCGAAAAUAAAUAUUAGUAGUGGACCAAGUGGAUACCAAAGCUUAAAGUAUAAGAGGGUUCUUUUCUGUUGAGGUGAAUGAGUGCGCAUUUCGCCACCGAAAACUUCGCGCUUUAGCUGACUCAUUUUAGUUGGAUCCAGACACAUUCCCCCAGAGAGAAAGUAUACAAACGAAGCUUGCUAUUCAAUUGUAGUCUUCUCCCCCCGUGGUUGGUGAAACGCGCGCCUCAAAGUGCAUUUAUUCCAGCAUACCAUGUCCUCGAUAUCGGCGCAGGGCGUGGUCGAACGUGCGUCCGCUGAACUCUCGAAACGCAUUAACGGCCUCGGGCUGCGUUCGAAGCAUCAUCAUGGCAGCGGCUCCAAUUCGUCCUCGUCCUCCUCAACACAAUCCGCUACUUCGUCGGGUGGCAGUAGCGGCAAGACCUCAGUAAUGGAACGCGUCACAAAUGCACUUUGUGGCGGUGGCAAUAGCAAUAACAAUAGUAACAAUAGCAACAACAGCAGUGCGAAUAACAGUGUAAACAACAGCAAUCCAGCUGUCACACCCGAAAAACCAACACGCGGUGGCAGCGGCACUAAUAGCGGUACACAUACACCCACAGGCGGUUUGUCGACACCCGCUAGUCCCACGCUACCACAUAGCGUGCUUAUCGGUGCUGGUAAUAAUAUGCAGUUAUUGCAACAACAACAAACAGCACCACAAGCACAACAACAGCCGUCACAUCCGCAUCAACAUUCGCAGCCGCCAGCGCCAACACCGCCAACACCGUCGCAACAUCCAUUACAGUCACAGAUUGCCAGUUCGACGCUGGUGAAUUCCAAUUCCAACAUGUUGGGCGGCACACCGCCGGUACUUGGUCAUCCUCUGGGUGCACCGCCAGCGCCCACAGUCAACUCGAUUGCCAAGCAAAUGAAUAUCACCAUACCCGGUCAGCCGCAAUUCAAUACCAUGGGUUUGGUGGCAGCACAAAAAUCGGUUGCCAAUCAAUCGGUGAGCGGCGGUACACCGUUACAGUUGCGCAAGCAACUACCUAUUCCGCAUCUACAUCAUCCGUACGCGAGUGGGGGUGUGGGCGGCGGUGUUGCGGGCGUCUUGCCGUCGGCUACGGCGGGCGGCGCUUCAAACGUUUCACAACUGGCUGCUGCCGUUACACAGUCUGCGCUGAUAUUACACAAAUACCCGCCUCCGAUUACCAGCAUUGAGGCGUUGUUGCUUGACGAUCGUUUUUUGAAUCGUUUUUUACUUUACUUUUCCUCGUACGAACGUCGCACGUUAGCGCAGGUGUGCAUGAAAUGGCGCGACAUACUUUACCGCAGCCCGCGUUAUUGGUCGGGUCUCUUGCCGACCUUACAGUGUCGCGAGUUACGUCAAAUACCAAGCUGUGAUCGUGUAAAGCUGUAUAAUUCGUUGAUACGUCGUGGUUUUCAUGCGCUCGCGUUGGUCGGCGCCUCGGAUGAAGAUGCACUCGAUGUAGUACACUCAUUCCCGUUGGCAUCCAAACAUAUACAUUCGUUGAGUUUACGCUGUUCAUCGAUCAGCGAUCGUGGACUGGAGGCGCUGUUGGAUCACCUACAGAGUCUUUUCGAACUCGAGCUCGCCGGUUGCAAUGAAGUCACUGAGGCUGGUCUGUGGGCCUGUCUAACCCCGCGUAUUGUCUCCCUCUCACUCGCGGAUUGUAUUAAUAUCGCCGACGAAGCGGUGGGUGCAGUCGCACAGCUUUUACCAUCGCUCUAUGAAUUUUCGCUGCAGGCUUAUCAUGUCACCGACGCAGCUUUGGGCUAUUUCUCGCCGAAACAAAGUCAUAGUCUGAGCAUAUUACGCCUCCAAUCAUGUUGGGAAUUAACUAAUCAUGGCAUCGUUAAUAUUGUGCACUCUUUGCCUCACUUAACGGUAUUGAGUCUAUCCGGUUGCAGUAAACUCACCGAUGACGGCGUCGAAUUGAUAGCCGAAAAUCUGCAGAAGUUACGUGCCCUCGAUUUGUCUUGGUGUCCGCGCAUAACGGACGCAUCGCUGGAGUAUAUUGCCUGUGAUCUGAAUCAGCUGGAAGAGCUGACGUUGGACAGAUGCGUACACAUCACCGACAUCGGUGUCGGCUACAUCUCUACCAUGCUCUCAUUAACCGCACUCUUUCUACGCUGGUGUUCACAAGUGCGUGACUUCGGACUACAACACUUAUGCUCCAUGCGUAAUCUACAAGUACUAUCACUAGCCGGCUGUCCAUUGCUCACCUCCUCCGGCCUAUCCAGUCUAAUACAGCUGCGUCAUUUGCAAGAACUCGAGCUGACCAAUUGUCCGGGAGCCUCACAUGAGUUGUUCGAUUACUUGAAAGAGCAUUUGCCACGCUGCUUAAUCAUUGAAUAAUACGUUUACGUAGCUGCAACGUUAAUUGCAUGUGCCAUAAGCACAAAUCCGCAGGCGUGGAGCAGUUUAUGGAGUUGGACAUACACUUGCAACUUCGUCACAGCUAAUGAUACAUGUGUUGCUACAUAUGAGCUAUGGCUCGCAGAGAGCGGCAAACGGCAGUUGGUUCUGAAGCUGGCAUUCAUGUGCAUAUAAAUUUUAAGCUGGUAAAAAAUUGCUCUGAAAAAUUUAUGAAAAAAAUGUAUACAUACUUGCUAUACACACUGUUAAAAGAUGAAUGUUGAAAAAUAUCACCAAAGGUGUACACGAAAUGAUUAUUUUUUGUUUGAAAAAUAUGUUUGCAAUGUUUAUUUGAAUUUUCAUUAUCCUUUGAUAAGCGAAAAAAAUAUAUGUAUACUUAAAUUCCAAACUUUUGUGUAAAAAUAAAGAAAUGCAAAUAUAUUCUUCAAGCAUUAAAUGACAGAAAUAACUGAGUACACAAAUGUUCUUGCGUAAUUUUCCUAAAACUUGGUUUACAAUUUUCAUACAACAACAACUAUGUUGAAAUAUGGUAAACUGAGUAAUUUAAAAUAAUCUAAUCUAGUAUAUUUAUAUUAUUGCUAAACAAUGCCGAUGUUCCUCAAACUAAAAAUAAUUAUAAAAAUAAAACAAUUUUAAGAAUAAUAUUUAAAUUUUCUGCAAACAAAAGUCAUGCAGGUUUCUAAAGAAUAAAUUUUAAUCAACUUUGAACACUGUUGCCAUAAUUAAUUAUAAAAGUUUUAAGUAGUGCAUAUGCAACUAUUUAACGGUUAAACAAAUAUGCUUACGAAAAUUUCAAAUAUCAUUACUUUUAAUAAUUGUUAUUUUUUAUAAUUUUUUAUUUUACUUGGUAUUUGUUAUUUUGUUUCAUCAUUUUAUACUUUAUUAUUUGAUUUUUUUUAAAUAUUUCUAAUUUAAUUUUCAAAUAUUUUUUAGUUUAUUUUUCAUAUAUGUAUAUAUUUUCAUCUUAUCGAAAUCCGCCUUAAUAUAGGCUUCUUUAAGAUUGUUAUAGUGUGGAAUAUGGUAAAAUUACAUGACUGUGUAGCGAAAUGACAAAAAAUCUGUGCGAAAAAAAUUUAUAUGCUUAAAAUUUUACAUUAAUUUUAAUUUUAAACAUUUAAUUUUUAUAUAAUAUAUACUGUAUUUUGUGGAGCUAUGUGCUUGUAACAUUUUUGUGAGAAAAAGUUAGUUAUUUAAUUAGCAAAAAUUUUAAUUUAAUACUAAUUUCUACGGCUAUUGUGAUUUUGAACGGCCAUUGAUACAAGAAAUAUACGAAUGAGCUCAAGCGGUACUUUCGAAAAUGUUAAAACCAAUUUUUUUAAUAUUAAACCUGUGUCUCGAACAAACACGCUUAAAAUCGCGAAACUUUAUUAAGAACUAAUGUAAAAAUUCAUUCAAUAUGGAUAAUAACAUAUUAUUAUUAGUUAAAUUCGCAACUUUUUCAGUCUGCUACCUCAUUUCACUUUUUAUGAUUACUAUAAUUGAGCCAGAUGUGAUUGAAGGCAAAGCUCUCGAAUUAUUUUAUGAACUGCAAAGACAUAUUUUGUAAAUUCUCAUAAGAAUAUAUACUCCGCUUAAGACUGUUAUGUAGCUCAUACUUUACGCGAAACUUUUAAGGAUCACUUAAGCUUUCACGAAAGAAGCUUGCAAAAAAACGAGCUUUUUGAAGUUUUUAAAAACAUGCACGCUUUCACAACAAGAGAUGUGUUUUGCAUAUACAACACAGAGACCUGUAAAACACUUUUACUUUAUGCAAAGCAUUUUAAAGAUUUUAGAAUCACUUAAGCUUUCACAAAAGGAGCUAGUUUUUAUUUGUAUAGCGUGUGACUUUAAGCAAAUUUCACUUUAAGUGAAAGCUAUUUAAAUAUGACGGCUGUCACAUAAAAUUUCUGUAGAAAAUAUAUGUGACCUGGUCUACGAAAAGGGAGCUAACGUGCGAAAACUAGUUUUCUGGGAAAAGCUGUUAAAAAUAAUCGUCAGUUUCUCGUUAUCUCAUUAAUUGUUCUCCUUUUUUUUUGACACCUAAGCCCCCUUUUCGUAGACCAGGCCACAUAUUUUAAAGAAUACACCACUUUAACUGAAUGUCUGUAAAUUAGUUGCUUUAAGUUAAGCUUAGUUUCCUUUGUUAAAUUCAGUACUGUGAUUUAAUGUUUUAAAUUAGAAUGCAAAAAAGCUCACGAAUAAUAUUAUAAUAAUUUAUAUAUAUAAUAUUUAUUUACAUAGAGAGUUUUAUAAAACAUGUACCUAACCGCUGCAGAAUCUAAUUAUGAUAGAGAUAAACCCUCAGGAUCAUAUUCAUAGGGUUUAAUUUCCAGCCAAAAUGGACUAAGUUGAAGUUGGAUGGGUCAAAACAAGCCGCUUUUGGAGUUUCGUAUUCAAAAGCGGCCUAUAUUGCUUAAUAUUUGGGUGUAUGACUCGGCUGUGGCAUUCAACAGAAAAUUGGUUUAUUUUACGGGUUACAUUAGAAAAUUAUACUAAAACGUGACAUAAUAUCAGCAACAAAUAGAAUACCGCAAUGAUUGAUAAAAUAAUAUGGAGUUUCAAUAAAAUAUUUAUUUAUUUUUAGUAAGCUUCAAUUUUCAUUACAUUAAGUUAGUUAAUUUUAGCAUUAUCAAUCACCGAAGUUCCACGAAAAGUAAUAAAUCCGCCCACUUAAUUGAUAUUCAUAAAAAGAAUUAAACAAUGACAUACGAAUAUGUAUGUAUGUAAUACAAUGUUUAAACUUCUACACUAAAAAAUACAAUAGCUGCAGCUGACAACAGAUACAACAGAUACUAUACGCAUAUGUAAUUGUCAAUAGCUGUACUGAAAUGAUCAUGAUGAAAGCUAUAAUUAGAAGCUAAAGAGCUUUCACCUUCAGUAGACCUUUCGGCACUAAAACAAUAACUUUGAAAUAUUACCUGAAAGCUUUUUGACUCGACCAAAUUAAUUAAAAACAGUUAAGGAGCUUUCACCUUCAUAAAAGUUUCCGAAAACUAAAACAAAACUCAGUUUGAAAUAAUGCCCGAAAGCUUUAUAAACUGUUUUUUUUUUCAAAAGAAAUAAGAAACAUAGCGCCAGAGCUUUGAUUUCCAUUACAGCUUUCAAAUCAUUUAAAAAUAUAAUUCAAUAAAUAUUUAAAAUAAAAAAAAUUUAACCACAUUUUUAAUUUUAUUUAUAAAAAAAUUAGUUCCGUUUUUUAAACAAUUAAUUUGAGUUUUUUUUAAAUUAUCACUUCUUCAAUACUUUGUCUAAUGAAACAAUAAUGUAACUGAGGAACGACUUAAAUUUUGACGCUCUAGAAAAUGCUUUGAAAAGGCGCUUGCAAUUUAGCUUUAACUCUUUAACGCUGUUCUUUUAAAACUUUACUACACUCAAAAGUAUAAAUUGUAAAAUACUCAACUACAGACGAAAGAAAAAUUCAAAGCAAAAACUGCAAAAUAAAUUUUAUGAGUAGAUACUAGCAAUGAAAAUAGUUGACGAAAAAUAAAAUAUUUUCUAAUGGCAUAAAUUCUUAAAAAAAAAAGUAAAAGUAAAAAUCGAAAUAACUUUAUUGAGAACAAGUUAUGCAUAACUUUGUUAAAAUAAAAAAAAAUCGAAUUUCAUUGUAAUAACACAUACAAAAACAUGAAAAUACUUCAUUUUAGUAAAUUUAAUGCCGAGAAAACUUGUAAAUUAUCUUGAACAUAACGAAAUGAUAAUCCAAAAUUGUGAACGCGCUAAAGCACGAGAGGAGUGUAAAAGCUUAAUCGAAAAAGAAUGUGAACCAAAUGUUUACAUAAAAUAGAACAAAUUGACAUAUGGCUACAAAUAAACAAAUAAAUAAAAUUAAUUUGUAAAAAAAAAUAAAAGAGAGCAAGCAUUAAGACCGUAUUAAAUAAUAAAAGCGAGAAAAGCUACAUUUUUAUAUGCAUGAAAAAGCUUUAAAACUUUGCCGUAGAUUACCAAAAAACAAAGCGUAGUUACUUGUAGAAGAAAACAUACCAAAGGAGUUGAAUAUACGAAAUAUAACAAACUCUUAGCUAGAAAAUGGAAAAUUUACGAAACAACAGAUUAAAAUACCGAAGCAAAAAACUGUGGAAAAAUGUAUGGGAAAUGAAAAAAAAUAUAAAGAUUUAGUAGACAAUGAAAGAGGUCGAAAAGCGCGUACCAAAGAAUGUAAUAAAAAUUAAAACAACAGGAAAUAGGUAGAAAGUAAAAGACACAAAGUGGAAGAAAGCUGAAUAAGAAACAAGAAGAAAGAUAAUUUUAAUAGUAAAGAUGACAAAAUAUAUAUGAAAGAUUGUACUUUAAAAGAAAUAGCCGUCUGAGGUUAGAAAUGGAACUCAAAAUAAAAAAGUGGGUGUAUUGGAACAGAUCUAUCUAUACAAAAAAAAAGUGGAAACAAUUGAAGCUGAAAAUUGCAAGCCAGAGAAUGUAAAUAAAAAAUAAGUAAGCAAAUAAAUUAAUUAAUAUCAAUGUCAAAACAAAGUAAACUAGCCAAAACAGGUGAGUUCCCAGAAAAAAAAUCUAUGUAACCGGAACCAAAUACAUAUAUAUCCGGCCAAGCAACAACAACACAGUAGCAACACUCAAAAUUAUUUCAGGAAUUUUUAUGCUGCUACAACAACAACAACUAAGAAAAUAUACAGAAAUCUAGCAAAAUUAUGAGCAACUAAACCAAAUUUGGAAAAGCAAGUAUACAAAAUACAGUGACAAAAUUAUUUGAAAAAAAUAUGUAUAUGUUAAUAAAUAAAAACAGAUGUUAAACAAUAAAAAGAAACAGAGCAAAACUCUAAAAUAAAUAAAGACAAGUAGAGAGAAAGAAGAGAAACGGAGCUAAGAAAAUAAAAAAUCAGAGAGAAAUCAGAAAAAAUCUAAAUAAGCUAGAUUUUGCGAUGCACAAAAGCUCAGAAGAUAAAAAAUUAAAACACUGAUAAAAAGCGGCAAAAUCGUGAUAAAGAAAACUAAAAAUGGUGACAAGAUUUUUAAGAACGUAUGAUGGAGCUGAAAAUAAAUGCAUAAUUAGUGAAACAAGAAGUAAUAUUAAACAAAUAUCGCAACUUAAGGGAUAAUGUGCAAAAAUAAUACAUAACAAGCAUAAUUACAAAAAUAAAGUACUAAUCUACUAACAAAAACAACAUAGAACACUGAGUCAUGUAUGUAUGUAUGUAGUUUAAAAAAUAAAAAAACAUUAAACUUGGCAAUUGAUAUUAAACAAAUUAACUUUUAGCAUAAACAAAACUAAAUUGUAAUAUAAAUAAUAACUUUAUAGUCUAGAAUGGGCACACAUUAUUAAAGAAUAGAAAUAUACAUAUAUACAAAAUAUUACGAAAAAAAUUCUAUUAAAUUAAACUAAAUGUGAGGCGUUAUUACUGAUUUUCUAAGCUAAAUUGUGCAAUACACAUUAAAGUGCAAACCUUUUUAAGCUAAAUAUAAUUUAAUAACUAAAACAUACUUUUAAUGAAUUUGUUUAUAAAAUAUUUAUGUAUGUGUUAUGUAUUUACUUUGGUGUGUGCAGACAGCAUAAUUGUAAAUGUAGCGUUAAAAAAUUAGUUGUGUAAAAAAAUGCAAGAAAAUAUUAUUAAGUGAAUUAAAAGGUAAAAAGAUUAAAAAAAUAUUCAAAACUUUUAAAUUAUGAAGAUAUUAUGUCGUAUAAAAUGUACAAGUGUUGAAAACGGAAAAAUAUGUAUUUAAAGCGCCCUUCAACAAACAAAAAAUUAUAUUGCUUUGUACUUUAAAAAGAAAAAGCUAAAAAAAUUGAAUACGUACAUAUUGUAUGUAUACAAAAUUUUGAAAAAAUACUCUGUUUUUAAAUUAAGUACCAAAAAAGCAAACAAAAAAGAAUAUUAGUAAGCAGCUAUGAUAAAUAUUGUCUCAACUUAAGUAAAAGCAUGCAAAGACCACAAAUGAUAUGCGAAUUUGAAAAUAAAAUAUUUCAAAAUGAAAAAUCACCGUAGUAAAA